AUGGCUUCCUCGCUGCGCCUCGACGGCGACAGGACGGAGCAGUUUGAGUGGCGCCACGGCCACGGCGACGAGGUCCGCGAGCUGUCUGGCAGCGCGCAGCCUAAGCUCUCCCGUGGUAGCCCCGAGUUUGCGUUUGUCGGAACCGGCGCCGGGGGCGAGCUAGGCGAGAUGUUUGAUCUCGUCGUCGUCAUGGGCUUCCUGCGACUUGUACGAGCCGUCUGUCCCGCAGUCCACCAUCAAUGCCUCGGCGGCGCGUUCCUCGCCAGCGGCUGUGGCUGUGAGCUAGACGGUUCCGAGGGAGGAAUGAUUGGUGAUGGAGCGCGCGAUUCAUAG